CCCUAAUCUCUGAGCUCUCCUUCCAUUGGCGCGGCACAGUUAGAGUAGAAGUUGAUCGGGAUGGGAAGGGUCAUUCGCGCUCAGCGUAAGGGUGCUGGGUCGGUGUUCAAGUCCCACACUCACCACCGCAAGGGUCCGGCGAGGUUCCGCAGUUUGGACUUCGGUGAACGAAACGGUUACCUAAAAGGUGUGGUCACCGACAUCAUCCACGACCCAGGUCGCGGUGCCCCCCUUGCGAAGGUCACGUUCCGCCACCCGUUCAGGUACAAGAAGCAGAGUGAGCUGUUCGUCGCCGCCGAAGGCAUCUACACCGGCCAGUUCAUCUACUGCGGUAAGAAAGCCACCCUCGUCGUCGGUAACGUCUUGCCACUCAGAUCCAUCCCCGAAGGUGCUGUCAUUUGCAACGUCGAACACCAUGUCGGUGACCGUGGUGUAUUCGCUAGGGCUUCUGGUGAUUAUGCUAUUGUUAUCAGCCACAACCCCGAUAACGAUACCACUAGGAUCAAGCUUCCUUCUGGUUCAAAGAAGAUUGUGCCAAGUGGGUGUAGGGCUAUGAUAGGGCAGGUGGCAGGUGGUGGAAGAACUGAAAAGCCUCUUCUUAAGGCUGGUAAUGCUUACCACAAGUUUAGGGUGAAGAGGAAUUGCUGGCCUAAGGUACGUGGUGUGGCUAUGAACCCAGUUGAGCAUCCUCAUGGAGGAGGUAACCACCAGCAUAUUGGGCAUGCUAGUACUGUCAGGCGUGAUGCUCCUCCUGGCCAGAAGGUUGGUCUCAUUGCUGCUAGGAGGACUGGUCGUCUCAGGGGACAAGCAGCUGCUACUGCUGCUAAAGCUGAUAAGACUACUUGAAGAGAUUGUUAGGAUUUUCAUUGAUUGCAAGUUUUCAAAUUUUGUUUCUUUCAUAGUUUAUGUUGAAUUGUUUGGGUACUAUUUUGAGAAUCGUUUCCUUCCCAUAAAUAUGAAGAUUUUAAUUGACAGUAUUUUAUAUUUGUUUAAGAUCUAUUCAAACCUGCUGUUAAUUGAUUUCCACUAGUUUUAGUGCUUGAAUUUUAUUUUAUUUUUUCGACCACUACAGUAGUACCAUGCCAUAUCUAUAAUUAAAUUCAAUUGUUAGGCUGGUCUGC